UUCGCAAAAUGUAAACGUCACAGCCAAACAUGUUUUCCCUUCUAAAUUUCAAUUCAGCAAAAAAAUUAUUUUUCCAAAUUUCCUUUAGAAAACUAUCUACAAAUUUCACACCAGUGAGACUAGCCUACGCUUCCUACGAGAGCACAGCUCCACCAAGUGAACAAGAUCCAGCUGCACUGGUGGUUAACCACGGCAUUUUUGGUUCAAAGUCUAACUGGAACAGUCUUUGUAAAGUCUACCACGAAAAAACUCGACGCAAAAUUAUAGCAGUAGACGCACGAAACCAUGGCGAUAGUCCUCACGCGCAAGAACACACAUAUGUACAUCUAGCUUUAGAUUUGGAAGAACUUGUGAAACAAUUAAAGCUUACGAAAGUUGCAGUGUUGGGACAUUCAAUGGGAGGACGUGCCGCUAUGUAUUUUGCUCUAAAAUAUCCUAAUCUUGUAGAUAAACUGAUCGUUGUUGAUAUUUCACCAGUAGUCAGGUAUGCGGAUAUGAAGUCAAUAGCUAGGUUGUUCAACGUGCUGCAAAGCUUGGAACUACCCAAAAAUGUCACCAUGUCAGUGGCGAGGAACCAAACGGACCAACAGCUAUCCAGAUAUGUGAUGGACAAAGGACUGCGAAAUUUUCUUUUAACAAAUCUUGUACAAACUUUGGACGGAAGUUCUAGUUACCAUUGGAGGAUUAACAUCUCAGCGCUGAAGGCCAAUUUUGACGACAUAUGCGGUUUUCCACCAACCAACAGUUUAAAUUUUCAAGGACCUGUUCUUUUUAUGAGCGGGGCAAAUUCUGAUUUAAUUCAGAACAGCGAUCAUGAGAGAAUUUUAAAGCUUUUUCCUAAAGCAGAAUUUGUAUCCAUUGAAGGGACUGGUCAUUGGUUACACAGUGAAAAACCAAAGGAAUUUUUGGACCAUACCGUGAAAUUUUUGAACAAAAAUGACAAGCUCUAAUUUGCAAAUCUUUAGUAAUUCAUUUAUUUUGCUAUUGUUUUAUUCUAAUAAAAAUAUUCUUAAGAAAAAAUGU